GCUUUGGACUAUGACGAGUACAUGCUAUCGCUGUAUGAAUGGUCGGCACAGAGCACUGACAUUGUUGGGAAAUAUUUAGCCGUGAGGCUACAGCGUCUCACUUCGCUUAUAAACAUCGCGGACUUGCAUUUGAUUGGUUUCAGUUUGGGCGGACAAACGAUUGGCUCUACGGCGCGUCACUACCGGCUUUUGACAAACGAAAGCUUACCACAUCUCACCGGUUUAGAUACAGUUUUUCAGUGUUUCUACGCAGAUAAGGUCUCUUCAAGAGUCGCCGAUUUUGUUGACAUCAUACACACGAAUCCCGGCGUCCUCGGUCAACCGGAAGCCACCGGUAAUACAGACUUCUUUGUGGGCGGCCACUUCCCCUUACAAGAGGGUUGCUUAAGUGUUAAUUGUUCACACUACUGUUCUAUUGCAUACUACGCUGAGUCGAUUUAUCCCAGGAAUGAGAAGAACUUUCUAGCCAAACGUUGCGAUUCCUUAAAAAAUCUGCAGCCGGAUAAAUGUAGCGGCGAAUACUAUCAGAUGGGUUACUCAGUGUCACGUCACCUGAGAGGCAGCUAUGUUUUGGAGUUGAAUGCUAAGUCGCCAUAUCACAAGAAUGCUGAUAUUAGCUCUACGGAUCCGGAGACCACGACAUGUGGCAGCUGUGUGCGUGCGUGA